CGACCACGCACAGCGACCGGGACUUCCCACUUUUUCUUUCGUCUUUCCAUGAUAUACAUGAUCAUUUUGUUGUCUGGUCUGAGUAUCAAGAAGGGUUAAAAAAGUGCCGAAAAACUGUUUGAUCAAGUUGGCAAUCGAAUUCAGAGGAUAUCAUCAUGGCAGAUUCAUUGGAACAGCUCAUUCAAAGAGAAAUGGCAACACUGAAAUGCUCUCUAUGCUUCAACAUCGUGUCAGUACCACCAGUAGACCUGCUUUCCAAAGAUGGCAAACAACUACGAUGCGGGAGAUGCAAAUUUGUACCGAAAGAAUCGUUGGGUCGGGACUAUGCUUUCGAGAAGAUCGCAAAACUAUUAUCAUUCCCUUGCAUCUACGAAGGCUGCGAUGAGGUAUUAUCGUGGGGUGAAGUGAAAAAGCACGAAGAAGUCUGCAAUGAGAGGACAGUCAUGUGUCCGAUCGACCAACAAGGCUGCAAAUCCGCAUACAAAAUGAAGAAUUUGGAGAAACAUUGUUUGAACAAACAUAGAAGCAAUAUUUUUUACGAAUCUUUCACAAUCAAAUGCGACACUUCUAAGAAUCUGCCUUGCGUCUUGGUAUUUGAGAAACAAAUAUUUUUCAUUUUCAUCGUUGGUGGUAAUCCUUCUUUUGAUAUUUUUGUUACUUCAUCGAAUAAGAAUACAUCGUUCAAAUUCAAUUUGAAAUUGGCCAGUAUUUCAAGUGACGCAUGUGUAAUGUUUGAACAGCAGUAUAUCAUGAAAUACGAUGAAAGAACCUACUGUUUCAACUGCAUUCUGAAAGAAUGUACUCUGAUUCAUCACCAUAAAUCGAAAAACUAUCAAUCGCUAGGUAUACCACGAAUUGAUUCAUGGGGCAAAAGAAUUUAUUUAGAUCUGAUACAACCCUUAUUCAAGGAUACUAAAGAGAUAAAUCUCAAAUUAGAAAUUGUUGCAAACGACCAAUCUCUGAACAAUGACAUAGAACCGAACGAUCAUAUAUCUGAUCAAACGAAUCAGUUGAGGGACAGUUUGCAGUGCCCUAUUUGUAAGGAAUAUAUGAUCGGAGACAUUUUCAACUGCGAACAUGGACACGUAGUUUGCAUCACAUGUAAAUCCAAAUUAGAUUUCUGUCCUUCAUGCCGAACUAAAUUUGGAAUAUCCAGAAAUUUGCCCCUGGAAAAUUUAGCUGAAGUUUUGAUGCUGAGCUGUUCAUUCGCUGAGAAGGGUUGUAACUUUUCUGGACAAGUUAAGAUGCUUUUCCAACACGAAAAGGAAUGUGAGCACAAAGAGGAUUAA